ACGCGUGAUCUUAUUUUUUCGUGUUUUAGUUUUUAAUCCUAAAGAAUGGGGCGAAACCCAAUUCUUAGAAAGAGGGGAAACCCAGAUCCGAAGACUUUACGCAAUCGUCUACUCGUGGAAAUUAUAAAAGAAAAAAAUUAAAUACAGAAGGUUUGAUUUCCAUCAAUGAAAAGUCCGGAAGUCGCAAUGUUAUUUUUUGAAGAGCUUAAAUUCAAGCACGACCAACGAAUCCAAGCAGAACAAGCUCUUAAAGAUGUGCAUAGGGCAAAUGCAGAAAAAAGAGUUAUGGAGUUUGACACUAUCAUCGGACAAAAAUGGGUAGAUGAUCUUGCCCGUGAAAGCAAGAGAAGACGCCGUGAAACUAGUCCACUGGAAAAAUAUUCAAAUUGUGAUAAUGUCGAAAGCUUAAUAGAAGAUGAUGUAGGAGACGAAAACGACUAUGACAAAACUGACGAUGAAUUUGACGAGAGCAAGAUCGAAAGAUUGGUGUUUGAGAAUGUGUGCUCGCCAGGAAAAACAAAACCUCCAAAAUAUCACAGAUCAUUUCGUAACGCGGUUGAUACUCUUUGUAAGAGAUUCUGGACUAACAGACAAGGGGAUGCAGAAAUAUCUAGGAAAUAUAUCGUAUUAACAUAUAUAGUACAUAAAAAUCAAAGUGAAUCCUGGCGAGUAUGCUUGGCCGAUAAAGAUAAAUGUCUUGCCGAAAAAAUUUUCGAGCUAGAGGUGCCUCAGAAAUUUGAGGACGACUGGUCAAUCACUGAAACUGAUGAAUUUCCUCUUUAUACAAAAGGAUUUCGUUGAGUAAUAAAAACAUUCAAAUAUUUUAAAGUAAAAUGUGUAG